CAACACUACAAAUCUAUUACAUUUAUUGAGCAAGUGUUGUGGUUAGGACUAGUGAAAAGACUUAGCAAUGAAUUCUCGACAUCUGCUGUCUGGAUGCAGACGUGUGUUGGCCGCCAAACUUCAAUUCCCCCUCAACACUCAAACACGAUCCUUGAACCUCCAUGAGCAUUAUUCAUUGGGACUUUUAGAUGAGGAAGGUGUACCUGUACCACGUGGAGCUGUCGCUAGCUCACCUGCUCAAGUUAGAUCUGUCAUUGACGGAUAUGGUUUGACAGAUGCUGUGUUAAAAGCUCAAGUUUUGGCUGGUGGUCGUGGCAAAGGCCACUUCUCUUCUGGUCUCAAAGGAGGAGUUCAGAUCUGCUACAGUAUCGAAGAGGCAGUCAAGACAUCCGAGGAAAUGUUAGGACACACUUUGUUCACAAAACAUACUGGUGAACAAGGAAGACCGUGUAAUGAUGUCAUGGUCUGUGAGAGAGUUUACUGCAGGAAAGAGUUCUACUUCGCCAUAGUCAUGGACCGUGAUACUAACGGCCCCUGUAUGAUAGUCAGUACCGAGGGGGGAAUGAACAUCGAAGACGUCGCUAGAGACAAUCCUGACGCUAUAAUUAGAGUACCCGUGGAUAUUAAUAACGGAAUAUCAGACGCAGAAACUAGCCAAGUGGCGGACGCACUGGGCCUCAGCGGCGAACAGAGAGACCAAUGUAAAUUCGCAGUGGAGAGACUUUAUAAUCUGUUUGUUAAGUACGAUGGAACACUUCUGGAGAUUAACCCUCUGGCUGAACUGACUGAUGGUCGAGUUCUCUGCUUGGAUUGCAAGAUUAACUUUAACCUCUCUCCUAUAGACUCUCUCAUUAACUUUGACGAUAACGCUGAGUACCGACACCCUGAACUUUUCAAGAAGCGAGACUGGACCCAGGAGGACCAGAGGAUGUUGAGGCAAACAUAA